CCGCGCGCGAUGGACGAGCGCAUGCGCCGUCUCUCACCCCACCUCUCCGCUCCUCAUUCUCUUUCUCCGGCCUUUCCCCCCCCUUUUCCCGCCCGCUUCGCUCUCCUGCCAGGCGGCCUCCGGGCUGGCGAUGGCGACCUUACAAGGGGAGCUGGCCGAGGCUGUGGCCGGCGCGCGGGUGCUGGUGGUGGGCGCCGGAGGCAUCGGCUGCGAGCUCCUCAAGGACUUGGUGCUCACCGGCUUCGUCAACAUCGACGUGAUUGAUCUGGAUACCAUCGAUGUCAGUAAUCUCAACAGGCAGUUCUUGUUUCAAAAGAAACAUGUUGGAAGAUCAAAAGCACAGGUUGCCAAGGAAAGUGUUUUACGAUUCCGUCCAGAAGCGAAUAUUACAGCUUAUCAUGACAGCGUUAUGAACCCUGACUACAAUGUUGAAUUUUUCCGGCAGUUUACACUGGUUAUGAAUGCCUUGGAUAACAGAGCUGCACGGAAUCAUGUGAACCGGAUGUGUCUGGCUGCUGAUGUCCCCCUUAUAGAGAGUGGAACUGCUGGCUACCUUGGACAAGUGACUGUUAUCAAAAAGGGAGUGACAGAGUGUUAUGAAUGCCAUCCUAAACCAACCCAGAAAACUUUUCCAGGCUGUACAAUCCGCAACACUCCUUCUGAACCCAUCCAUUGUAUUGUGUGGGCAAAGUAUUUAUUCAAUCAGUUAUUUGGAGAAGAAGAUGCUGAUCAAGAAGUGUCCCCUGACAGAGCUGAUCCUGAAGCUGCUUGGGAGCCAGCAGAAGCAGAGACCAGGGCAAGAGCAUCUAAUGAAGAUGGUGGUAUUAAACGUGUCUCUACCAAGCAAUGGGCAAAAUCAACAGGAUAUGAUCCAGUUAAACUCUUCACGAAGCUUUUCAAAGAUGAUAUCCGGUAUCUGUUAACGAUGGAUAAACUCUGGAAGAAACGGAAACCCCCAAUGCCUUUGGAUUGGAAUGACAUACAAAAUCAGGGGAACAAUACAUCUGACCAACAGAAUGAACCGUCUUUGGGCCUUAAAGAUCAACAGGUUCUGGAUGUCAAGAGCUAUGCACGCCUCUUUUCUAAAAGCGUAGAGACCCUGAGGGCUCAGCUGACAGAAAAGGGUGAUGGAGCCGAACUUACGUGGGAUAAGGAUGACCCUCCUGCACUGGACUUUGUCACUGCUGCUGCAAACCUCAGGAUGCAUAUUUUUAGUAUGAAUAUGAAGAGCCGGUUCGAUAUCAAAUCCAUGGCGGGAAACAUCAUCCCUGCUAUAGCUACCACUAAUGCUGUCAUAGCUGGGCUGAUAGUGCUGGAGGGCUUAAAGAUUCUCUCGGGGAAAAUAGAGCAGUGCAGAGCAAUAUUCCUUAAUAAGCAACCAAAUCCAAGGAAAAAACUGCUUGUCCCUUGCGCUUUGGAUCCUCCGAAUCCUAACUGCUAUGUAUGUGCAAGCAAGCCGGAAGUGACAGUGAAACUGAAUGUCCACAAAGUGACUGUGUUGACACUGCAGGAUAAGAUAGUGAAAGAAAAAUUUAAUAUGGUAGCCCCAGAUGUUCAGAUAGAAGAUGGGAAAGGAACCAUUCUCAUCUCUUCAGAAGAAGGAGAGACUGAAGCAAAUAACCAUAGGAAGCUGUCAGACUUUGGGAUCAGAAACGGCACUCAGCUGCAAGCGGAUGACUUUCUUCAGGACUACACCCUGCUGAUCAACGUCCUUCACAGUGAAGAGCUUGGAAAAGAUGUGGAGUUUGAGGUUGUUGGAGAUGACGUGGUUGGUCCCAAACCAUCAGAGCAGCCUGCUAAGAACAUCACCAACGGGAGUGACGAUGGGGCACAGCCAUCAACAUCCACAGCUCAAGAUGAAGAUGACGACGUCCUGAUCGUUGAAACUGACGAAGGUCCUUCCAGCAACGACGACAGUAUGGAGAAUAAAAGCCGAAAGAGGAAGCUGGACGAUAAGGAGCAGGCUGGCACUAAAAGGAUGCGUUCAGAGACGUCAGCUGACGAGCAGGAUGAUGUGAUUGCCAUAGACUGAGUGCUGGAGGGUUCCAGCUGGUGGGAUGUACCAAGAAGACGGAUGAGGGGGUGUGGGAAAUGUCCAGAACUAGAGUCUGCCUGCCCAAGGGCCUUUGCUCCAAAAGCAGAACCCCAACAGCGGCGCUUCUGGCUUGCAAAAGCUGUACCCAUUCCCAUUCAUUAGCAUUUAGAACUCUUCCAAUAUAUAUUAAAUAGAGUAGAUCUUUUUUCGUUCCUUUUUUUUUUUAAUCCCUUGAACAGUCAUGAAAACAAAGCAUGUUUUGUGUAUAUAAUGUUUUGAAGGAUCUAUCAGGAUUGGGAAGUCAAGGCAAAUUCUGGUUUAGGGAAGUGUCUUUAUCACCAGAGAAAUUCUGAGAAGUUUUCAUUCUGGCAGGGGAGGAGAGAGGAAGCCCUAGCUGUAGCCAUUUUUCACACCCUCGAUGCAAAAAGAAAAAGAAAAAAAUCUUGAAAAUAAACAACAGUCAUGUUUCACAGUUUCAGCCGGCAAAAUGUACAUUACUGUAAAACAAUGUUAAUUUGUUCUUUCAGCUCAUACUGCCGGAUGUUCUAUGUCAGGAGCAGACUUCAGUGUACUGUUACAGUUUCAGGUUAUUUAUAUGGGAUGUUUUGUAAAACUCAAAUUCUGCAAAGUUACCAGUCAUCUGAUGGACCAAAUAAACAUCUGAGCAACUUGCUACACAUCUGUCUGCACAGCCCAUCUCUGUGCUGACCUGAGGAUUGGUAAAGUGUUUUUGAGCUUAAUACUUAAAACUGGUUUGCGUUUAAACACCCUGCAAGCAUAAGACAGGACAUCCUUCAGAAUUGAAAAGGGAGUGUUCUUUUUUUUAAAAAAAAAAUAAAAAUAAAAACUUCGUUGUUGA